AUGGGCCCAAGGAGGAGGACCAGGAAGGCGGUAGCGAAGGCCGAUGUGGCAGAACCGCGACGUUCGGGUCGUGCUACUUCCCGUUCUGCCAAUGUAGCAGAACAGUCGGGACUCGCCAUGUCGACCCAAAAUCCCGAAGAAAGCUCACGAACUAGGACUCCAAGACGGUCUGCCGCUAGAGGCAAAUGGAGUGAGGAGCAGUUGAUGACGAGCGAGAAAUCUCUCCUCAUUGACCUUGAUCUAGUGAAACUGCUAGCGCAGCCAGAAGCAUGGAAUUGUCUGGACGAAAGCGAGAAGCGCGAGAUCCUCGCUCUACUCCCUCCAGAUGUUCACCCAGAGGCACAAGCGAUCUCAAACGAUUUGGAUGCAAAGAUAGAUCCCCUGCCCGAAUCCUUUAUCCGAUAUUCCAACAACUGGCGCGAUGGUGUUCGACAGUUCCAGCUUGACCUCCAGAACGGCCGCUACGAUCCCGAAUGGCUCCACCAGGCCCAGGUGGCCAGAGAGCAGCGCGAGAAUGGAGAUUUUGAUAACUUUAAGGAGCGUGAAUAUGAGCAGUUCUGGGGACAAAAGCAGAGAGUUGUCUGGGCCGCACCUGCUGGAGAGAGUGCGCGUGUGAAGAUGAAAACCCUUAUCGACGAAGGUGUCAUCCAGCUAGGCGAUAUCUGGAAAUUCUACUAUGUCUAUGGAAAGGGCCCAGGUAGAACAGUCAUUGAAAAAGAAACUAGAAUCCACGGGAUCAAUGGGGCGAAAUUGGACUUUGCGGUUCCUUCUGGUGAACGAGUCUUUCUACGCAGCAGCUAUAACAAGGCCGAGCAAUGUUCUCAAUUACAGCAUGAUACGGAGGGUGUGAAAGUCGAUAUCAAUACGGACCAACAACCAGUCAAAUUGGCCUCGAAUGGCCAAGAUGUGAAACUCGACAUCGACAAAGAAUCCCAGCCAGUCUCAAUACCCCCGAAUGAUAAGGGAACGAAAGAUGAGGAGCCAGAAUUACAGGCCACGAUUGCAGAUCCCAACGAAGAUCAGAUGCAGCUGGAUACCAACGCAGAUAAAGAGGCAAUCGUUGCAUCUUCAAACAAUCAAAGGAGCCAAGAAUCAUCCCAGAACUUCAGCGUCGUUAUUGUCAGCCCGGGUAGUAGGCAGGAUGGAAAAUCAAAACGCAAUGUUCCUGAGCCCCAACCUCAACCCCCAGUGAAACGCAGGCGAGGAAGACCACCUAAGAAUCAAUCUAAGCAGCCUGUGCUGGAGCCACCCAAAGAAUUCGAGGCAUUUAAGAAGCCCGCAGUGUCUGAAGAAGUGGACGUUCCUCGAGAACCGGAAAGAGCACAAAAUUACGAGCCUCAGCCUUCUGUCAUGAGCAUCCUGGAAGCUAAAAUUGCAGAAAGCUACAGAGAUGGCGCAGAACCAUCCCAACCGGAGUCUGAUUCCUCGAAGCUUUCUUACCCCCUCGAGUCCCCCCGACCUGAAUCAUCUAUACCAUUAGAAGAAGAGGCAGCAUCUAUUCUCACCGCCAAACCCGAAGGCAAUGUAACUCAACCGGUCAUGGCAGGGGACUCGUCCAUAGCGCACCCCGAUACUGCCACGGACAGUGCCGAGGGACCUGUUAAGGCUGGCGAGGACGAUAUUGACACAACAGCAGCCGAUAAACAACACGCAACCCCAAUUACCACAAAUGGGCCCGAUGAAAUCAUCGUUCCCAAUAUCGCCUCGCCACAAGCACUCGUCUUGAAAAUCCUACAAAUUGAUGGCCGUAUGCCCAACGGCCGUACUGCGAAUGCCUGGAAGGAAAUCCGCUGCUACCGAAACAACCAGGAUAUGGGCAGCCUCUUUGAUGUGCGAGAGGCGUGGUUCCUUCAGCAUGGACAAGAUGAAUAG